CUAACACUCGUGUUUAAAGAAAAUGGAAAUCGUGUUGGUGGCGGUUUUCGUGGUGGUCGCGGCGGUCGUGGUUUCGGUGGACGGGGCGGCCGUGGACGAAAUGGUUUUGGUGGCGAUCGUAAUGGUUUCAAUGGCAAUAGAGAUUACAACGAUACUGGUCUCAACAAUAAUAAUAAGGGAGAGAAUGAAGGCGAGCAGAAACAACGAGAGUUCUACAUACCUCCGGAACCCACCGACAAUGAAGAUGAAAUAUUUAAUAGUGGAAUUUCAUCGGGAAUAAAUUUCUCCAAAUAUGACAACAUUCCUGUUAGGGUUUCGGGCGAAAACGCUCCACCACCUUUACUGACGUUUGAAAAUGCAGGCUUGCGAGACAUAAUCAUGAAUAACGUGCUAAAGUCGGGUUAUACUGUGCCAACGCCUAUUCAGAAAACCGCUAUACCUGUAAUAAUGGAUGGUCGAGAUUUAAUGGCAUGUGCCCAAACAGGAUCGGGAAAAACGGCUGCAUUUUUGCUUCCUAUCAUUAAUGGUAUCUUAGGAGAAAGUUGUGAUUUGUCAAUUGGAAAACCGCAGGCGGUUAUUGUUUCUCCAACCCGCGAAUUGGCGAUCCAGAUUUUUUCCGAAGCUCGAAAGUUUGCUUUAGGUUCUUAUUUGAAAAUCAGCAUAGUCUAUGGUGGCACCUCAAGCAAAUAUCAAGGCGAAAACAUUGCCAAAGGCUGCCAUAUCUUGAUAUGCACUCCUGGUCGUUUGUURGACUUUGUCGAAAAGGGCUUUAUUACAUUUGAAGAGACCCGUUACGUUGUGCUGGACGAAGCCGAUCGCAUGAUGGAUAUGGGUUUUAAAGACAAUGUUAAUACCCUUAUGAAUCAUCCGACAAUGCGCCGCAUGGAUGAACGUCAGAAUUUAAUGUUUUCUGCAACAUUCCCUGAGGAAAUACAACGUUUAGCUGGUGCUUAUUUAUCAAACUAUAUAUUCAUCACCAUUGGUGUGGUAGGUGGUGCAUGCUCUGAUGUUACACAAGAGAUUUUUGAAGUUAAAAAAUUUCAAAAACGUUCCAAACUAAUGGAAUUACUUAGUGAAAGCAGCGAUGGAACCAUUGUCUUUGUUGAGACAAAGCGCGGUGCAGAUUUUCUAGCUUCUUUACUCUCGGAAACUGAGUUUCCUACGACUUCAAUUCAUGGCGACAGAUUGCAGCGUCAACGAGAAAUGGCUUUAGCUGACUUCAAGUCCGGGAAAAUGAAGGUCCUAAUAGCGACUUCAGUCGCCGCUCGUGGUCUCGAUAUAAAAAAUGUUAAACAUGUCAUCAACUACGAUCUUCCGAAUUCCGUCGAUGAAUAUGUCCAUCGUAUCGGGCGCACAGGUCGCGUCGGUAAUAACGGACGAGCAACCAGCUUCUUUGAUCCAGAACAGGACUCGGCCAUAGCAAGCGAUUUGGUGAAAAUACUGGAAGGCGCCUCACAAGAGGUGCCCCAAUUUCUUCGAUCAUGCUCGGGUGUGGRCGGUGGUGGAUUUAGCAAUACACAAAGCAAAUUCGGCGGUCGCGACGUUCGAAAAAAUGUGCAGCAGUCCGAUGACAAUUUCAUCACUUCGGCUGGUCCUGGUCCAUUGGAAGAAGAAGAAAAUUGGGAUUAAGAGAGGACACAUUGAACAUGCAAGAUUCCUUUAUUAAGAAUUUUUACGCGCUUCAUUCGUAAGAAUUUCAUUUACUUUGAACUUAAUUGAUUUUCCUCUCCUGCAAAUUAUUUUAGCAGUUUAUGAUUUUUACUUCUAUUACAUGAAUUUAUAUAUAAUAUUUUGUUUAUAUAAAAACAAAAAGUACAAGACGAAAUAAAUGAAUUUUGA